GAUGAGGAAGGCUGGGGCGUGGCCUCCCGGGCGGAUCCAUGACAUCUGCGGCUCCUGGGCAGAAAGAAGAUUGGAAGUGAGGGAGAGAAGAAGGGAGAAAGGAGGGAAGGUGUGGCGUCCUAGCCAGGAGCUCGCCAGAGCGGGGCGACGGUGGACGGGCGCAGGAGAUGGAGGGAUUUGGAGCCGGCCGGUCGAGCGACACCAACCAGGCCACAGGUGGCGUAGACUUGACCAUCAGGGGACUAUCAAAUUUUGUAAUAUUCAUAUGCUAUUAUGCUGUCAAAUUCCAUCGGUCUACAUAUUCCAUGUGCAAAGUAAAGAAAUUCAGAUGUUGCCGCUUGCAAACAAGCAAAAGCACGACCAGUCAUCUGCAGAAUUAAUCUACAUUUCAAUCAAGUCAAGACAUCACAGGUCUACAACGCCAUUUUUCAUCACAUUCAUAGCAAGCUUGCAAGUUCCUUCUAUUCACAACAGUACCUAGCACAUACACAAGUUUGUUGGCCACCGGAGUUGCUGCACUCGUGGUUGUCGGAGUCUGCCACCAUGAUCAUGCUCCACAUGAAUGUGGUCUUCUAGUCAGUGCGACGCCCAUGUGGUUGUCCUCUAGCAGAGCCACGUUGACUGACCGUGGGAGCCAGAAUCUUGGUGUGUGGCCGACGGCCGUGCUGCCUGUCGUUGUCUUGGUGUCGCUGGCUGUUAGGACACCUAUUUAUGCUUCCUUCUGGAUGAACAAGGGAGAUGGACGUGUCAGUAGAAUUUGAUCUGAUUGAUUGAUCGGUUUCUUUUGAUGGCUUUUUGUGACAUGUCUGUUAUGUUUCAGAAUCUUUUUGAAACUGAAAUUUGAAAAGAGCAUGAGUUUGACAGGAUUUUAUAUAUCCUUCAGUUGCUUACUGUAACAUGUACCUUCUGAUAGCUUGAUGUAGGUAGAAUCAUACUGACUUCCUGUAAUUUUGUCAUCACAAAAAUGUUCUAUUUGUUUGGUUUGAUGUAUCGUGAUGACCAUCAGAAACCACCUAUAUAUGUUGUUCGUACUGUUAAAUUCAGUUACCCCGAGGAAGUAAUGUGUUAUACGCCUGACACAUGUUUGAGAAUUAACUUGCUUCAAGAUCUGGUUCACCUCAAAUCUCUUUUCCAAAUAUCAAUGGGCUGCCGUUUUUGGAAAUUUUGAUCAAAACUCCAGAAAAAUGUAUGAUGUACCUUUUUUAUUUUGGACUAUCAGUAUGCAAACUCCAAAAUUGGAGUAUUAGUAUGCAAACUCCAGAAAGUUUCUGUGGUCCUGAUACACACAUCAUGAAGUUGGUAACUGUUGUGGUAUUUAUAUUCAGAUUUGACAGGAAUAGAAACUGAACCUAUUAAAUAGUUAUGUUAAGCUAGAUUGGUUAUAUAACUCUUCAUGCAUUCAUUUUCCGAAUUGUUGUUUA